AUGUAUUGGACGCGAGGACACUGUCAACAGACCAGGUGUGCAGACAGUGGCCACAGUUGGCGAUGGCUCACAGACCCACAGCCACACCACUUCCAGCAUCAAUGCAAUCCCUUCCAAGAGACCAUUGCUUUCGAUGGCUUUAUCUUCAAGUACGACAACCACUUCUUGGAUGAGUUAAGACAACUGUCCACUGAGUUGAUGGUCUACAGCACCGAUGAGUCGAGACUCAAGUCGCGCGUCUUCGGCAACGCUAUGACUCUGCGGACCAUUGAGUGCGAGAAGAGACAACUCAUUGAGAAGAUCGACGCUUUCGCCAAAACCAUUGACCACUUCUUGAGCCUCAAGACACCGAACGCUUCCAAUGCGACCGCAGCUGCCAAUGAGUCGUCCCAAGCGUUCACUCAACACACGAAUGGCAACCUCACGAGUGCUCACGUGAUCGCUGAGACAAACGGCGGACACUCGACACACACUCAGACAACACCUCCUGAGCCCCACUCCAGACACGCGUUCACUCAUGAGAUCCCGAUAUUUAUUCAGCAAUUCAUUGAAUCCAUUAAUAGAGAGGAUUACAGAUUCAGUCAAAUCAAUGACAUCUCCUCUUCAGACAACAUCUCGACAUCCACUCAAAGCCAAGACUUUGAAUCCACUGCUGAGCCAACUAUGAGUCAAUUGGAGCCCAAUUGCGAUACUCUUCAGAUCGUGAACCGACACAAGUGGGCGAACACUGACUAUAAGCUCGGAACCGGUAUUACACUGAAGGUGAUGCCUCGAAACAAAGUGCGGACACAAACCAAACGUCAGAAGCAACUGAAGUUUGUUUUGGAGAAGAUUAAGAGUCUUAUAGCGAAUGACAUCUACUGUACGAAACGGGAUCUGUAUUACCAGAACGUAAUGCUGUUCGAUAGCUCCCAACGAGUGGUCGAUGAGAUAAUCGAUGACUUGGCGUGUAGUCUACGGGUGUCGCGAAUCAAACUCAACAUCGCGUCGUCCACCAGAGGGCUAGUGUUCGGACACUUGAAGUUUCAGAACACGAAUGGAGUGCUGACUGAUUGUCUGAGUUCCCCGAAUGGCAUCGCUAUCCCCAACGACACCGAAAGACUGUCGCGGAUGCAGUCAAACGCCAUAUUCGUGUUGAUUGUCGAAAAAGACGCCACUUUUCAACAACUCAUUCAUCUGGAGAUUCACCGCAAAUACCCUCUCAUUAUGGUGACAGGUCACGGCUACCCCGACAUGAAUACCCGGGCGUUCAUUCACAUACUGUGGAACUCGUUUGAGAUACCGGUGUUUGGUUUGGUUGACGGCGACGCUCACGGGCUCGAGAUUCUGUGCACUUUCAGACACGGCUCACUCGCACUGUCCUACGAGUCGCCCAAUCUGGUGGUGCCCGCCAUCAAGUGGAUCGGAAUACUGCCCACAGAUAUCAUUGAUUAUAAACUCAGUCCUAGUGUUCAGAUACCACUCAAAGAGAACGAUAAGAAGAAGAUCCAAGACUUGAAGAAUAGGCAAUACAUGAAAGAGAACAUCCAAUGGACCCGACAAUUGAAUCUAUUGCUUAGAAUCGGCAAAAAAGUGGAAAUCCAGUCGUUGGCCGAACACUCGGCCACAUUCCUGUUGGACAUCUACUUGCCCUCUAAGAUACGGUACGGCAAAUGGAUUUAGGAUUUAGACUAC